AUGGCAGCUUUCAAUUUGAUCUUUCCAAUCUCGAUCACGUCAAGAUUUCGGGCGACAAAAAAAACCGUCAACGUAGCACCUGGAGUUAAACGGGGCCCAUUGUUUCAAACCCUUGAGAAGCAGGGUGUUAUGGCUGUGGGCGGUCGUGACUUUAACGUUGGCGUACCUGGAUUCAUAUUUGGCGGCGGCAUUUCGUAUCUAUCAGCCCCAGGCGGCUGGGGCAUUGACAACUUGCUCUCCGUCGACCUGGUCUUGGCAAACGGUCACACGGUGACGGCGAACAAGACUUCUCACCCUGACCUUUUCAAGGCGCUACCUGGAGGCGGUGCCCAUAACUUUGGUAUUGCUACAAGCCUCACCUUGAGACUGUACCCAUAUACAGGCAUGUGGGGAGGCGUGCAUGCCGUUGCCGAAAGCUACUUUGACGACGUCUUUAAUGAAUACGACCGGUAUUCGCAUGGGUUGAUCAAGAACGGCAAAGCUCACCUGAUUAUGGACUUUACGUGGCGGGACAACGAGCCGAUUGUUGGUCUGUCCAUGGGGUACCCAGAGGCCGUCGACAAUCCUCCAAUCUUUGAUGGAUUGCGCCUCCUCCCAAGCCUUUUCAGCACUCUUCGGAUUGAUGAUUGCAGCUCUCUGGCAACCGAAGUUGCCGAGGUCACUGACUCACGGGGAAAACGAAACACAUAUUGGACAUUGGCCAUUGAGUACGAUAUUGAGUUGCUCAAGUCUGUGUAUCAGCUCUGGGUGCGGACUACGAAGCCUCACGCUUCUCGAUUUCAGAUGACUUUUGAUAUCAACCAUAUCACUCCUGCCAUGAGAAUCAAGGCAGCGAGGGAAGGUAGGGGAAAUAUGUACGGGCUCGAAGGUGCCAAUGAGCCGUUAACAAAUAUCAUGUUGGCUAUCGUAUGGGAAAACGAGGCUGACGACAAGGAGGUCACAGCCUUGUUGAAGAGCUUGGGAACUGAGAUUGAGGCUCUAGCUGGGCAGUACGGCAAGUUUGUUCCAUUCAGGUAUAUGAACUACGCAAACGAAGAACAGGAUGUUGUAGCAAGCUUUGGAGAGGAAAGUGUGUCCUUCUUAAAGCAGGUAGCCUCUAGGUAUGACCCAGAGGGCAUCUUUCAGACCUUGCAGCCUGGAGGCUUUAAGCUUGAUUAG